AUGCCAUAUUUGAUCAUGCAGGUGUUUGUGGGCCUGAUCAAUCUGCGCAAGAUCUGCAACCACCCAGACCUCUAUGAUGGGGGGCCGAAAGUGUUUCGUGACACAGAUGUUGCCGCACUGCCGCCUGAGAUGCGCUAUGGUUUCCCUGGCCGCUCAGGAAAGAUGGCUGUUGUGGAGUCCCUGCUACGGCUCUGGAAGAAACAGGGCCAUCGGGUGCUGCUCUUUACGCAAAGCCGCCAGAUGCUGGUGAUUCUGGAGCGCUUUGUCCAGGAGCAGGGCUACAAAUACAUGGUGAUGACUGGUGCCACGCCCAUUGCUUCCCGGCAGCCAGCCAUCACCAAGUUCAAUGCGGAGCCGUCAGUGUUUGUGUUCCUGCUGACAACACGGGUGGGUGGCCUGGGUGUGAACCUGACGGGUGCCGACCGGGUGGUCAUCUACGAUCCAGACUGGAACCCCAGCACAGACACACAGGCACGAGAGCGGGCGUGGCGCAUUGGCCAGCGCCGGGAUGUCACCGUCUACCGCCUGCUCACGGCUGGCACGAUUGAAGAGAAGAUUUACCAUAGGGUUGAUUGA